GGUGCUUCAAGUGAACUUCAACUAUCCAAAAAAGAGAGGAUAUGUGAUUUCGAUGUACGACUGCAAAACUGCACGAAAAGCGGAAUUAAUUUUGGAUUUGAAAGAUAUAAGUCGCCGUUCCUCCUAUCGGAAACUUACCAAGAUAUUCUAUGGGCCUCGCACUGUGAGUGAACUUAUGAAAAAGGUUUUGCACCACUGGAGGCAUGAAUUUAGGAAGCGCCAAGCCAAGAAUGCCACCCGAUAUGCGAGGGACUUUGGAUGUGCUUAUGAACGUUGCGGCAAGAAGAUGAAAACUGUGUGUCUUUUGAAGAAAAAAAAGCGUACAUUUUGGAAAUCAUGA